AUGCUGGAUGAUGCCGAUUUCAAUAAGGCCUAUGCCGGCUUGCACUGCCAAGCGAGUUGCCUUCUUGACAAGCAUCGGAAUGUAAUCCCUCUAACAAGAAGCUUUGUAUACGUUACACGUCAGAGAUCAGUCUCAGAUCCAUUCUUCAGUUUCUCCGCAAAGGUGGACAACUUUUCGAUGGCCAACAUGAGCCUCCAUAUGUUACAACGAUGGAUCGGAGGCCAAUUGAUUGAUUUUUUUUUGCCAAUCGGGGGCUUUCAGCUUGUAAACAGCUAUGUACUAGCCCAUCUGGAGAGUAUAUGUCAGAAUUGUCCUAGGAUCAAGUGA